AUGGCCCCUUUUGUCACGGCCCAAGUACCCAAUGUAAGGCUAGGCUGCACAGAGGGCACGCUACGCCAUAGCACCAGGAAGAACCCCAACCUCCCGUCCCUAUUACGUUAUGGCUCCACGGGAUGGACGCGAAUCGGAGGAUGCCGCCAGCACGGUCAAAGGAACGCUGUUAUCACGGGGCGAAUUCCUAAAGCGACCGCGCUGGAGACCAUUUACGGCAGGCAGUGGACGGCUCCCGGGUACGUUGUGCAGUGGAGGGUAUUCUGCCGCCAUCACAACGGUCGAGACAAGGAAAAAGCUCCCAAAGUUCACACCCGACGAGCGCCGGGUCACUACCGGCAACAACUCCCGCGCAUCUUCCCGCGCAGCCUCACCUUUGGCCGCUGUUCGGCCAGCUACUUGCGCUUAAUUGACACUGCGGGACGGGACCCUUUCUCUUCCAACCCGGAUGUUCCCAGGCACAUUAAGCGAACCUUUUGGAGCGCGCGCACCGUGAGCAGAGACGGCGUGCCCCAGGAAACUAUCGGCUUAACAGCAUCCAGACGAGCACUGCCCAAAAGUCGAUACAACGCGCCUCCGCGCCUUCGAAACGCUGAUAAACCAACAUUCGUUCCACGGGACGUGGCUCAUUACACUACCAGGCUUACUCCGCCUGAGGCUCCAGCGGACCCUACCACUUACCACCCGACUAAUCCGCACGGAACCCUCGUGCCCAAACCGCGGACGAACGGCUUAGCCGAAGCUUAAUGGUACGCACUACACCAUCUCCCCCUGCAUCACCUGGGAGCCGCCUCGAGUAUGGACUUCGGCACCGAUGCCACUCCACCACCCUUUUCAGCACUAUCAGCUCCUG